AUGUGGGUCAUAUUAUAUGAAGAAAUACCUUUAACUGUAUUUGCUGAAGAUAUUAAAACUCUCAGAAGUGCUAUUGAAAGAGGAGUUCGUCCUCCACUCCCAAAGACUAUAUCAAAAGAUGAAGCACAUUAUACUCAAGCAAUGACUGGCUAUUCCUUAGAUAAGCUCCAUUCUAACUUCGAUGACUUCUCUCAAAACAUUCCAAUCGAAGUCGAAAGUCUUUUAUCAAAAUGUUGGAGUCAAGACCCACAACAAAGACCCUCCAUAGAUGAUCUACUCAAAGAAUUUACACAACUGAUAAAGAACCAUUAA